CUCCUUCGAUUGAGAGACGUCGACCUGAGGAGAAUUUCAGCGGCCGACUCGCCCCAGCCGCAGGGAGGGGUUGUGGUGUGGGCCGCCCGGGCUAGGCUGAGACUAAACAUGUCUCUGUUCCACCGGGGUUUCUUCCCCCGCGGGGCCGCCUCCGCAGCCACCGUUACAGUGAACCUGAAGAGGCUGACAGGGCUGGAGAGGCCGGUGUUUGGAAACAAUCAACACAACCAAUCCAGAGCCUCAAGCUCAUUGCCAGGGGAGAAGAAGGAACUGUUGCAAAGUGGACCUGAUUUGCAAGACUUUGUGUCUGGGGAACUUUCAGACAAAACUAAGUGGGCAGAAUAUAAAGGCACCUUAAAACGUCAAAAAGGAGAAAGGUUGCGACUUCCUCCGUGGCUGAAGACUGAGAUCCCAAUAGGAAAAAAUUAUAACAAAUUGAAGAAUACAUUGCGUAAUUUAAAUCUCCAUACGGUGUGUGAAGAAGCACGUUGUCCAAACAUUGGAGAGUGCUGGGGAGGGGGUGAAUAUGCUACUGCUACCGCAACUAUAAUGCUAAUGGGAGACACAUGUACAAGAGGCUGUCGCUUCUGCUCAGUAAAGACGGCAAAAAGUCCACCUCCUUUAGAUCCCGAUGAGCCAUAUAAUACAGCAAAAGCAAUAGCUGAAUGGGGGCUGGAUUAUGUUGUAUUGACCUCUGUGGACAGGGAUGAUCUUCCUGAUGGUGGAGCAGCACACUUUGCAAAGACAGUGUCACAGUUAAAAGAAAGGAAUCCAAAAAUUCUAGUGGAAUGCUUAACUCCUGAUUUCCGAGGUGAUCUUAAGGCUGUGGAAAAAGUUGCUGUGUCAGGACUAGAUGUAUAUGCCCACAAUGUGGAAACAGUUCCAGAAUUGCAGAGGAAGGUUCGUGAUCCUCGGGCUAACUUUGACCAGUCCCUCCUUGUUUUGAAACAUGCUAAGAAGAUUCAGCCUGAUAUAAUUUCUAAAACAUCCAUCAUGCUUGGUCUGGGUGAAACAGAUGAACAAAUGCAUGCCACACUGAAAUCACUACGUCAGGCAGAUGUAGAUUGUUUGACCUUGGGACAAUACAUGCAACCAACAAAACGCCAUUUAAAGGUUGAAGAAUAUAUUACUCCUGAGAAGUUUAAAUACUGGGAACAAGUAGGAAAUGACCUUGGAUUUCAUUACACUGCUAGCGGGCCUCUUGUGCGUUCUUCAUACAAAGCAGGUGAAUUUUUCUUGAAAAAUUUAAUACAGAAGAGGAAGACAAAAGACAUCUGAAACAUCAGUAUCCAUAGGAAGAAUUCCACCGCUUUAAUGUAUAGUAUUCCAGAUGGCAACCUCACAAACUGAGUAAAGGAUGAACAUUCAACAGAUUUUUGUUGACUUAACAAAAUUAAACUUAGCCUUGAAGUAUUCA